GCGACUCUUAUUUUGGAACCUCCUGCGGUACUUCCGCUAGCUUAACGCCGUGAUAACGGAGAAACCGAUUCCUCUGGUCCCGGUUCUGCCGGUAAACGGCCUCAAAUGAGAGCAAGGAGGACUUAACGGAGACCGGGGCCCGCGGGGUUUCGCCAAGUCUUCACUAUGCUCUCUCGCCCCCUAAUGGUGAAUGAGAGUGACUAUAGUGGGCGGGGUGUGUUGGAGGAGGCUCCGCCCCCUGUCUUGCCACUGGCUCCCGACGGCUGCGAUGACAGCGAAUCACAAACAGUCUGUUUUACUUCUAGUACUCCUGUCAUUUCUCCCUCUCCUUCUCCUCCUCCUCCUCCUCCCUCCAUCCCCUCCCUCACUCCUCCUCCUUCCAUCUCUUCCUCUCCUCCUCUCCCCUGCUGCCCCUGUUCCUCCCUCCUUCCUCGCCUCCUCUUGGCCCACCAACUGGAGGUGCGGCGCCUCCUUCGAGGAGCUUUGUCCUCCCUCGGCCGUCGCCUGGACUCUCUGGAAAGGAGGAGCAGGAUGACAAGGAGGAAGAGGAGCAGGUGGGAGGGAGGAGGGGGAGGUGCCUGUUCCUCCUCUGUUGAAUCCACGGCCUCCUCCUCCUCAGGAUCCCCGGCCUUCACCUCCUCCUCCGCCACUCUUCAUGUCACCUCCUCUUUGUCAUCAUCAUUGGACAGAGAGGAGUGUCCUCCUUUUUCCUCCCUGGCCUCGCCACAGCAGAGGAGAGGGAGGCUGGGGGAGGAGGUGAAGAGGAGGAGGAGGAAGAGGAGGAACCGUGCAGGAGGAGGAGGUGAAGCAGAGGAGGAAGAGGAGGGGAGGUUUGUAGGGAGAAUGGUGGUCUCGUUCAGAGGAGGAGGGGAGGAGGCGCCACUCAUUCUGCACAACUUCAACCACAGAAGAAGAGAGGAGGGACGAACAGGGAGCCAAUCAGAGAAGGCCAUUGUCAGGAAGAACGGUUACCAAGCAACACACCUGCUACAGAGUUCCUCUUCCCACAAUGCCUUGCAGAUCCUUGGAUCAGAGCGGAGUUUUCAGACCAGCAGCUCAUCAAAAGUCUGGUGUUUUCCUGAUGUGACCCCGCCCCCCUUCCUCUCCUCCAAUCACACGGCUUUCCGCCCGUUCUUUGGUUCCUCUUCAUCCUUUAGCCCCGCCCCCAUGCUGCGCCUCUCAGUCGUUGCCAUGGAGAUGGUGUUGGACUCAGUGAGGGGCGGAGCUUGUUGGAGUCCCCUUCGGCCCUUGAAAGACUGGACGGCUCCGCCCAGUCUAAGCAGCGACCACUGUUACGUACGACCGCCUGCACUGAGCUCUGCCUUUUCCGCCCGGCGACAGCAGAAGCAGCGGGCCAAUCACAGCGCUCGACACCGCCUUCCCUGGAGACGCCCCCUGCCCCUCCCUGAAAGUUCAGCCAAUGAGCUGCCGGCCGGCCUGGCUGCCGGCCAAUCAGCAGCAGGUUCAGAGUUCCUCAGCGGGACCAGAGAGGCUGGGAAACGGGUGUCACAGAUCCGAAUCCGCCGGGCGUCACCGCGAGAAACGCUGCUCACGCCCAUGGGGCUGCCGAAGGUCAAAAGGCUCAAGAAGAAGGAAUUCAGUCUGGAGGAGAUUUACACCAACAAGAACUACAAGUCCCCCACCUCCAACAGGAGUUUGGAGACCAUCUUUGAGGAGCCGCGGGAGAAGGACGGGGCGCUGCUCCUGAUUGGCCAGCAGAGGAGGCGCCGACUCCUCCUAUUCCCUGAUUUCACUCAGCCCAGGAAGAGGAAGAGGCCGCAAGGGGUGGGACUUCCUGUUGCCAUGGUACCCAGGAAACGCAUGGCGGGCCGGCGGCAUUGCCAUGGCAACGGCUGUGGCGAUGAUGAGGCAGACCUGGACGUGAUGCUGGUGGAACGACUGAGCGCGCUCGAAGACUUCCUGACACGACAGGGCCUGGACGUGUGAACGCUGAUGUCACUUCCUGUCAGCUGACUCACAGCCCAACCAACACAGCUGCUAGCAUUCCCGCCAGAAACUGGCUCACGUGGCGGGUCUUUAUUUUUAUUUUUUACGGUUUCUGAGGUUGAAAUGAGGAUAUUUAAAAUAUAAAAACAGUUUUGACACUAACACACACACACACACUGUAGUAGUUUAUCCACAAACACUUAAAAACCAUCUGGACUUGUAGAGUUUAGAGGAGACGGUUCAUCUGAGCAUCUUCCUCAGUUCUAACACACUGGUGGUUUAGACCCACCAGAAACUAACUGGACUAGUUUCUGGUCUGGUCUGUGAAGGACAAAGGACGUCUUCCUUUGAGAAGACAGGAGUAAAGGAAGACAUCUACACUAUAUCUCUGGCCUCCAGUCAGGUCCGUCUCUAACAGCUCCAGCUCCUCCUGAAGGUUUUCCUCAGGUUUAGAAGCUCAUCAGUGAUGUAGGAGGAGAAGGUCUGGUUCACAGUCCACAUCUACUUCAUCCCAGGGGGGUUCUAUGGGGGUCAGGACUCUGGGAGGCCAGUCCAGUUCCUCCUCAUCAGGUCUUCAUGGACCUGGCUUUGUCUCUGGUUCUCAGUCACAGUGGAACAGGAAGGGGGUCGUCCCCAAACUGGUCCCACUAAGUUGGAAGCUUGGAAUUGUCCAGAAUGUCUUCAAAGUUCCUCUGACUGGAACUAAGGGACCAAGUCCAGCUCCUGAACAACCAGCCCCCCACCCAAAACCCCCCCUCCACCAAACUCCACCAAACUCCACCAAACUCCACCAAACUCCACCCUUGGCCCGGUGCAGUCAGACCAGCAGCGUUCUCCUGGGAACCUCCAGACCCAGACUGGUCCAUCAGGCUUCCAGAGAACGUCUCCACUGCUCUAGAGUCCAGUGGAGCUGCAUCCCACACACUGCAUCCCACACUCUGCAUCCCACACACUGCAUCCCACACUCUGCAUCCUACGCUCUGCAUCCCACACUCUGCAUCCCACACUCUGCAUCCUACGCUCUGCAUCCUACGCUCUGCAUCCUACGCUCUGCAUCCCACACUCUGCAUCCCACACUCUGCAUCCUACGCUCUGCAUCCCACACUCUGCAUCCCACGCUCUGCAUCCUACGCUCUGCAUCCCACGCUCUGCAUCCUACGCUCUGCAUCCUACGCUCUGCAUCCCACGCUCUGCAUCCUACACUCUGCAUCCCACGCUCUGCAGGGGCCGUGGUGACGUGGGGCUGGGAUGCAGCUGCUGGGCCAUGGAAACCCGUUCAUGAAGCUGUGUCCUGGAGAUAAUCUGGAGAUAAACGAAGACUCUGGGACGUCACUGUGAUGCGGCGACUUCCACUUUGUCCUAAAACCUCUGACAGGUGACUGGAAUAUUUAGUAGAGACUGGACUUGUCCCCUUCCCGGUCAUGUCUCCAUUCUUUGAGAAGCACUGGUCCAGACCAUUAAUGGGGACAGAGGACAGGGACAACAGCCCCCUCUUUAACUCCAGGUCAGGAACUGGUCCAGGUUCUGGUGUUUAAACAUAAACUUCCUCCAGAACUGAACAAGACUUGAAUGAAACAUCUAAACUCUACAGGUCCAGAUGGUUCUGGAUAUAAACCUGGACCAGGACCAGGAGGACCGAACCUCCACAAACACUGUAGUACUAUGACUAUUGUGUACUGCAGUACUACUACUAGUGCUACAGUGUGUGAGUUUUUAAAGUGUAAUUUAUAUUUCUGAGUCUAUUUUUGAAACAAAUAAAGUUUGACUGUUGA